GGAGUUGGCUUCCCAGCCAUCUUCCAUACGUGUCAUUUUUGCUUUGCUAUGUUUCAUUCGCUUCAUGUACGAAAUAUAUGUAUUCUCAAGUCAAUUCUCGUUAUUCGACUUAUUUAAUUCCGUUAUUGGAUGACGCGAUUUAAGUCAACGAUGAUAUACGAGAAAAAGCGAUAACAAACAUCCAUACAAUCUAAAAGGGAGUCAGAUACACGGGCCACUAAAGUGGUAAUCCCGCCGACGACGAACGCAACGCAGCAAGCUACGUCGAUGAAGGAACUUCUGCACUCUAUAUUUUCGACGAACAAAUUCAGCGAAGCCAGCGCAAUAUCCAAUCCCAUGCAAUCAGCAAAGCCUGUGCAUCAUGGUAUGGACAUGCUCAAGUCGUAUUAUCUUAUCGAUACUUUGUUCUCAUGUCAACCAUUCUCAUUGAUCUAUUCGUCGGUUUGUUCAAUUACGAUUCAAAUUAUCAUUAUAUGCUUAUUAUUACAUUAUUAUCAAUAUCAUGACCGAAUGUGGAAUUAUUAAUCUUGUUCGUGCUGUCACUAAAUUGACAUUUUCGCAAUCAUAUCACUCACCGAACAAAUUAUCAUUUUAUGAAAAUUCCACUCCACUUUGUGAGAACUCAUUGGGAUAUUUUUACUAUUCAAAACGUGAAAUUUUCCUGCUUUAAGUGAGUUCGUUCCAAUUUUUCAUGUCAUUUUGAUCUAAUAUUGCAUUCAUUCACUUAGUCGAGGUCAGCUAUUUAUGUUAUCACAACAUACAUUUUUCAUUUCGAAGUCGCCUCCUAUUAUGUCUGUGGAUGCCUCUAACUAGCUGAUUAGUAACCAUUACGUUCAUUUUAACUCCGCCUGGAGUCCCUCCGGGGGCUACUGCCGGUCCCAAGCCUGGAUAAAGUAGGAGGCUUGGGCAUGGGGUUAGCGUCCCCAUCCCGUAGAAAACUAACUCGCUAAAAAAACGCUAACCAGAAAAAAUUAUUCAAACCUUUUAAACUCUGCCCUGGGAGUCAGAAGAUCUUCAUUUAGAAGAAUUAUGACGCCUCAUGAUGAAAGCCGAAUCCCUUCGGAAGUUACGAGGCCAGCACCCCUACUAACAACCAGAGCAACCAUUUAUUCAGGUACAUGGAAUGUUCGUACAAUGUGGGACACCGGAAGAGCCUUCCAGACUGCUGCAGAAAUGAGAAGAUACAACCUAGAGGUACUUGGGAUCAGUGAAACACAUUGGACACAAGUUGGACAACAACGACUAACUACAGGAGAGCUCCUGUUAUACUCCGGCCAUGAAGAAGAAAAUGCAGCGCAUACACAAGGAGUUGCAUAGAUGCUGUCCAAACAAGCGCAAAAUGCACUUAUAGGAUGGGAAUCUCAUGGACCAUGGACCAUCAAAGCCUCGUUUAAAACAAAGAAAGAGGGCAUUUCAAUGAACAUCAUCCAAUGCUAUGCGCCUGCCAACGACUACAAUGAAGACGCUAAAGAUCAAUUCUACAAUAGGCUGCAGUCAAUAGUCGAGAAGUGCCCAACAAAGGACCUGACCAUUCUGAUGGGAGAUUUCAACGCCAAGGUUGGAACGGACAACACUGGAUAUGAAGACAUCAUGGGACAACACGGACUGAGAGAAAGAAACGAAAAUGGUGAGAGAUUUGCAAACCUACGUGCCUUCAAUAAGCUGGUCAUAGGCGGCACCAUAUUCCCACAUAAACGCAUUUACAAAACCACAUGGACUUCACCGGAUCACUCUACACAAAACCAAAUCGACCAUAUUUGCGUCAACAAAACGUUCAGGAGGACUAUAGAGGACGUGAGAACCAAGAGAGGAGCUGAUAUAGCAUCAGAUCAUCACUUACUGGUCGCCAAGAUGAAAUUGAAACUCAAGAAGCACUGGACAAUGGGGCGGACAACAUCACAAAAGUUCAAUACGGCCUUUCUUCAGGAUACUAACAAACUCAACAAAUUCAAGAUAGUCCUCAGCAACAAGUUCCAGGCCUUUCAUGAUCUACUCAAUGGAGAAGGAACUACUGUGGAGAGCAACUGGAAGGGGAUCAAAGAGGCAAUCACUUCAACAUGUCAUGAGGUCCUGGGUCACAAGAAGCACCACCACAAGGAAUGGAUCACUGUAGGUACACUGGAUAAGAUUCUAGAAAGGAGGAACAAGAAGGCAGCGAUCAAUACCAGCCGAACAAGUGCAGAAAAAGCCAAGGCACAAGCUGAAUACACAGAAAUAAACAAACAAGUGAAGAGGAGCAUCAGAACCGACAAACGUAAAUAUGUGGAAGAUUUAGCAACGACGGCGGAAAAGGCUGCAAGAGAAGGGAACAUGAGACAACUGUAUGACACGACAAAGAAACUCUCUGGAAAUCGCCGCAAACCAGAACGACCAGUGAAAAGCAAGGAAGGUGAGGUAAUCACCAACAUUGAAGAGGAACAAAACAGGUGGGUAGAACACUUCAAAGAACUCUUGAAUCGACCAGCUCCACUGAACCCACCCAACAUCGAAGCAGCACCCACGGACCUCCCAAUCAGUGUUGGCCCACCAACAACUGAAGAAAUCAGCAUAGCCAUCAGACAAAUCAAGAGUGGCAAAGCAGCAGGACCAGACAACAUUCCAGAAGAGACACUGAAAGCAGAUGUAGCAGUAACUGCAAGAAUACUCCACACUCUUUUCCGGAAGAUUUGGGAUGAAGAACAAGUACCAACAGACUGGAAAGAAGGACGUCUGAUCAAAAUACCGAAGAAAGGCGAUCUCAGCAAGUGUGAUAACUACAGGGGCAUCACUCUUCUCUCAAUACCGGGAAAAGUCUUCAACAGGGUAUUGUUAAACAGGAUGAAGGACUGCGUAGACGCCCAACUUCGUGACCAACAGGCAGGAUUCUGUAAGGAUAGAUCGUGUACAGACCAAAUCGCAACUCUACGGAUCAUUGUGGAACAAUCAAUUGAAUGGAAUUCAUCACUCUACAUCAACUUCAUUGACUACGAAAAGGCAUUUGAUAGCGUGGACAGAACAACACUAUGGAAACUUCUUCGACACUACGGCGUGCCUCAGAAGAUAGUCAAUAUCAUACAGAACUCAUAUGAUGGAUUACACUGCAAAAUCGUGCAUGGAGGACAGUUGACAAAGUCGUUCGAAGUGAAGACCGGUGUUAGGCAAGGUUGCUUACUCUCACCCUUUCUAUUUCUCCUGGUGAUCGACUGGAUCAUGAAGACGUCAACGUCUGAAGGGAAACGCGGGAUACAAUGGACAUCUAGGAUGCAGUUGGACGAUCUGGACUUCGCAGAUGAUCUGACCCUUCUAUCCCAAACGCAACAACAGAUGCAGGACAAGACGAACAGUGUGGCAGCAGCCUCAGCAGCAGUAGGUCUCAAUAUACACAAAGAGAAAAGCAAGAUUCUCCGAUACAACACAGCAUGCACCAAUCCAAUCACAAUUGAUGGAGAAGAUUUGGAAGAUGUAAAAACCUUUACAUAUUUGGGCAGCAUCAUUGAUGAACAGGUUGGAUCUGAUGCAGAUGUGAAGGCGCGGAUCAGCAAAGCAAGAGUAGCAUAUUUACAACUGAGGAACAUGUGGAACUCAAAGCAACUGUCAACCAACACCAAGGUCAGGAUUUUCAAUACAAAUGUCAAGACAGUUCUACUGUAUGGGGCAGAAACCUGGAGAACUACGAAAGCCAUCAUCCAGAAAAUACAGGUGUUUAUUAACAAUUGUCUACGCAAAAUACUUCAGAUCCGUUGGCCGGACACUAUUAGCAACAACGUACUGUGGGAGAGAACAAACCAGAUCCCAGCGGAGGAAGAAAUUGGAGGAAGCGCUGGAAGUGGAUAGGACACUCAUUGAGGAAAGCACCCAACUGCGUCACAAGACAAGCCCUCACAUGGAAUCCUGAAGGUCAAAGGAAAAGAGGAAGACCAAAGAACACAUUACACCGGGAAAUGGAAAUAGACAUGAUAAAAAUGAACAAGAAUUGGAUGGAACUAUAAAAGAAGGCCCAGGAUAGAGUGAGUAGGAGAAUGCUGGUCAGCGGCCUAUGCUCCAUUGGGAGUAACAGGCGUAAGUAAGUAAGUAAGUACGUUCAUUUUAUCUAUUCUUCCACGUGCAUAACUACAUUCUGCAUCACUUAUCACUCGAAAACGCUAUUCGAGUACUGCAACUACUAUUCUAUUCCCAUCGCACUGUAUAUCAGAACAUAGAGUUUAGAGCUAGUCUCUCAAAGAUACGCUCUUGUUUGUUACAUCCAAGUCAGUCUCAUACGUCGCCAUCGCUAACCAUAUGUAUUGGUAUUUUUGUCAUGCCUUGGUACGGUUUUGUAACAAACGAGAUCGAGCGCAUCUCCCUCAAACCACACAAACCACUCUAUGCUUCAUGACCAAAAAGGAAUACGACUCUAUGUACCUCGUCUACUCAGUCACUAUUCUGUUCCUCUAGCCAUUCUACUAAUACAUAUUCAACGAUAACUCGGUGCAUCUGUCAUAACGCAGACGACAACGUUCACUGACUUCAAAUUUUAUGAUUAUUAUCAAUUGCAGUACAGCAACGAAUAUUGCCCGUCGAUGCAGUUAUCAUUCCACGACUUAACUAUUAUCAUCCUACGAACGGGAGUUACGCAUUUAAAUUCGAAUUCACUCAUCGCUAUUCGAUGCUAUUUAUUCUGCUGCGGCUCAACAGAACAUAUAUUUAACGUAUUUCACUAUUUCGUCAGCAUCACAGACCAAUUUCUGUCAUAUUCUACUGUACUCAUUUUGACGAUUUAUUUCCCUGUCAUACCCACAAACAAUUUAUUACUAUUUUCACGAUAAUUUGAAUCACUCAUACAAACGUGUUAUUUUAUCGUUCAGACAGUCAUAGCAUUAGUACAUGUUAAUUUUUGGUACGCUCAUUAAUUUGCUCAUAUUCGCAUGCUAACGUUUCCAUUUUUGUCCACGUCUUUUCUAUAUUCAUGUAUUCUUUUGCAUAAGUAUGACAUUUCCAUAUAAUACACUCACCCUUCAUGUGACACUGUACUUUAUCGAGUGUUGUACAAUUUUUUUGGCUACUUAUUGUUAACGUUAGCUACGUAUCACUUCACUGUUAUUUUCGAAAACAGACAUUUUUUAAAUGUGCUAUUUUCUACGAGGGGGCUAUGUAGUGUUAGUCAUUCGUUUUAGCCCAUAGUAUAUCUUAUUCUAGUUUCCGGACAUUCCAUUCUACUCAUUCUACUUGAGUCAUGUUUUGACCUUGUUAAUUAUUCGCUUGUUAGCCUUGACUGUUUUCAUAUGAGCGUAUAUGUGUGUACACUUCAUGUCCCAUGACUCAUCACAUGUCUGUAGUUUAUUUUGUCUGCCUAUAAAUAUUGAGUAAUGCCCGGCUUGAAAUGGAGUUGGCUUCCCAGCCAUCUUCCAUACGUGUCAUUUUUGCUUUGCUAUGUUUCAUUCGCUUCAUGUACGAAAUAUAUGUAUUCUCAAGUC